AUGCCUGCGGCCCCGAAGUCGCCACAGAGCAGGAAGUCGCUCGCCGGGCCUGGAGUUGGCAUUCCCAAGGCCAAGGGCGGUAUUCGAGCCAAAUCUGGCUGCUAUACCUGUCGCAUUAGACGCAAGAAAUGCGAUGAGCGCAUGAACAGCACCGGCGACUGCGAAACGUGUGUCCGCCUCCGUCUCCAGUGCUUGGGCUUUGGGGCGAAGCGCCCCGAUUGGCUACGCGAAAGCCGCAACGUUGUUGAUCUGCGAGACAAGAUUAAGCUUUUUCUCGCCGCCCAAGGCAUGAUUAAGGGCCACGCUGGUACUGGUCCUCGCGGGGCUGAUCAAGACCUGCCGAUUCUUCGGCUCGACGAGGACAGCGUUACGCCGUCGUCGAGCGAGAGUCCGCCAACCCCCACGCUUUCUCUCUCGCCCAGCGAGCCGUCGCGCAUGCUGAUCUCGUCGGUGCGCGACCAGCCAUGGCUCAGCAAUGCCUAUGGCCUCGACGACACUCCCCCAUACCACGAUGGGAUCCACCACCAUGCCGAGCCGUCUCUGUAUUCCCCUGCUGCCUAUAAUUCUAAUAUAGUAUCCCAAUGUAAGAGGCCUGGAAUAUCGUCGCGCGCGGGAAGCCCAGGAAGACUGCUCCCACACAUUCAGUCCUCGUUUGGGCUGACAUACCAUGCCCAGUUUGAAGACCCGACAUUUUUCUCCCUCGACGACCCAACGCCCUCCUCCCAUAUGUUUUUCGCGGCACCAGCCAAGUCUGCGAGGAUGAAGGAAGAAGAUGUCAUGUCGUUCUACAUCCGCAAAGUGGUUGGGAUGCAGUUUAUGCUUGCAGACCCGCGGCAGCUCGACAACAUCGUCCUACCGUCGGUCACCACCACUGGCCCGUCGCGGGAGGCGGCAACGCUGCUGGCCUCGCUCUACAUGAAGCGUUCAGAGCUCCACUCGACAGCUCGGAACGCGAUAGUGAUGAAGGAUGCAGAGACGAAGCGGCAAUACCAGUCGCUCGCGAAACUGCUGACGGCGCCAGAACACUCUGAGCACGACGCGCUCGCCGCGAUCAGCAUUAUCUCGACAUUUUUGUUUGACGGCGGGGCCGGGUCGUGGGCCCCAUGGCUGGGGGUGUCGUACAAAUAUGCGGACAGCGUUUUCCGCGCGGGCCGGGACCCGAAAGACGCGCUCUUCUCGUGCGGCGAGUCGACAAGGUUCAUUAUCAAGACGGCGAUCUGGUUCGAUGUCUUGGCGGCGGUCACGACUGGGCAGGAGCCUAUGUUCCUGCACUAUAUUCGCGAGCUCUUCUCGCCGCUGCAGAGCGGGAUACUGAUGCUGGAGGACCCGCCAGAAUUGUCGAUGAUGGAUGUCAUGGGCUGCGACAAUGUCGUCGUGUGGGUGCUGGCGGAGGCGUCUGCCUUGGCGGUGUGGAAGCAAAAACAACAGGCCCUGGGGCAGCUAAGCAUCCCCGAGCUUCUUCAGCGGGCGAAUGAGCUGGAAGUAGAGUUGGGGGUGCAGUCCCAGCCGGCGAUGACUCGGCUGGGGAUGUCCUAUUCGCCCAACACGGACCAGAACGCGUCCUCGCGGGCGCUCAGCGCGGACCUCUUCCGCUGCGCGACCCGGCUGUUUCUGCGAUCGAUUGUGUCAGGUGACUUCCCGCACGUGCGCGAAGUCGAGGAGGCCGUCGCGCUCACGAUGGAGGUCGUGCAGGAGGCGGCGGAAGAGAUGAUGCGGGGCCGGCCGGAUAGCCACAGCAGCGUUGUGCGGAGCACGGUGUUUGCGUUUUUUAUUUGUGGCGCGUUGACGGACAAUGCCCACCACCGCCAGAUGAUCGUCAGGGAGCUCAGUCUGAACGAGGAGGGCCCGGAUAAAAGCAAGGUCGGGAAUAGCUCACGAGUGAAAGAGCUGUUGGAGGGGAUCUGGGAGCAGAGGGCCGGGACUCCCGCUGGCCAGCCGGUCCCGUGGAGGGAGGUUCUGGCACGAGAAGAGAUGUUACUCGUCUGA